GGGCUCGCCGCGCCGCCGACUCCCCGUCACAGGCGCUGCCGCCGCAGCCGGGGUGGCGGCGACGAGCGGCCGCCGCCUCCCGCCCGCGCCCGCCCCGGGCCCCCGACCUGGCCGUCCGCCGAGCCAUGUCGUUGAGCCCCAAGCACACGACGCCCUUCUCCGUGUCCGACAUCCUGAGCCCCAUCGAGGAGACCUACAAGAAGUUCGGCGGCGCAAUGGACGGCGCGCCGCCCGGCCUGGGGGCGCCCCUGGGGGCCGCGGCCGCCUACCGUGCGCCGCCGCUCGGCCCCUCCUCGCAGGCGGCGGCGGCGGCGGGCGUGCAGCCACCCCACGCCAUGGCGGGCCACAACGCGGCGGCGGCGGCGGCGGCGGCGGCGGCCGCCACCUACCACAUGCCGCCGGGCGUUUCGCAGUUUCCGCACGGCGCCAUGGGCGGCUACUGCAACGGCGGCCUGGGCAGCGUGGGCGAGCUUCCCACCUACACGGACGGCAUGCGGAGCGGCGCGGCCGCCGCGGCCAGCGGCUGGUACGGCGCCAGCCCGGACCCGCGCUACUCGUCAAUCUCCAGGUUCAUGGGGCCAUCGGCGGGCGUGAACGUGGCCGGCAUGGGGUCGCUGACGGGCAUCGCGGACGCCGCCAAGACGCUGGCGCCGUUGCAUGCGGCUGCGGCGGCUCCGCGAAGGAAGCGUCGCGUGCUCUUCUCGCAGGCGCAGGUCUACGAGCUGGAGCGUCGCUUCAAGCAGCAGAAGUACCUGUCGGCUCCCGAGCGCGAGCACCUGGCCAGCAUGAUCCACCUGACGCCCACGCAGGUCAAGAUCUGGUUCCAGAACCACCGUUACAAGAUGAAGCGGCAGGCCAAGGACAAGGCGGCGCAGCAGCUGCAGCAGGAGGGCGGCCUGGGCCCUCCGCCGCCUCCGCCGCCGUCCCCGCGUCGCGUGGCGGUGCCCGUGCUGGUCAAGGACGGCAAGCCGUGCCGGAACGGUGCCAGCACGCCGACACCCGGCCAGGCCGGCCCGCAGCCGCCGGCCCCGACGCCCGCGCCUGAGCUCGAGGAGCUGUCGCCCAGCCCGCCCGCGCUGCACGGCCCUGGGGGCGGCCUGGCGGCCCUGGACGCGGCCGCGGGGGACUACGGCGGCGGCGGCGGCGGCGGCGUGCUUGGCGCCAACCUGCUCUAUGGCAGGACGUGGUGACCGCGCGGGCGCCCCGGGGCGGGGUCCUGCCUGCGGCGCGGAGGGUGUGUGAGAAACUUCGAGAACGGAUGGGGAAAACACACCGAAGCUGACUCUUGAGUACACGGAGAUUAAAAACUAGUGAACGGGUCAUGGAGAGGGGCAGCCUGUGAACCUCUUUGCUUGGGGGGGG